ACUUCCGUUUCCGAUCACGUUGGAUCUGUGCAUGUUGUAAAACACUUGGUCUGAGAAAUACAAGCGAUUCCUUUUCAUCAGCUAUGGCCAAGACACGUAAAAGAGAACAGAAAGCCCCCAAAGAUGGGGUGAAAAAGGGACAACACAGUAUGAACCCAGAUCGGGUCAAAGGUGAAGGCGGACACAACAUGAGAGAUAAAUCUACAAUUAAGCGAUUACAAAUGUACAAGAACUUCAAGGCUAAAAGAGAUAGGAAAGGGAAAAUAUUAUCUCCGGCCCCCUUCCAGUCAACCCUUGCCUCUGGGACUGUAGCUCGUGUGGAACCUAACAGACGCUGGUUUGGAAACACACGAGUUGUGACACAAACAGCCCUUCAGACUUUUCAAGAUGAAAUGGCCAAGGUCAAACGUGAUCCGUACAAGAUCGUCAUGCAACAAACAAAGCUACCGAUCACGUUGCUGAAUGAGGCUGCAAAGCAUGCCAGAGUUCAUCUGCUAGACACAGAAUCAUUCCAGUCAACUUUUGGGAAGAAAUGUCAAAGGAAGCGUCCAAAUCUGAAAGUUGCAGACAUGUCGACUCUGGUGCAGCAAGCUGAGAAGUUGGGGGACUCGUAUGACAUCACCAAGGACCAUGACCUUGUUGAGGAGGACACAGGGGUCAAGGACGAGACUCCUGAGAUUGUCUUCAAAGCGGGUCAGUCCAAGAGGAUCUGGAACGAACUGUACAAGGUGAUCGACUCCUCCGACGUAGUGGUUCAAGUUCUGGAUGCCAGGGAUCCUCUGGGUACACGUUGCUACCAGGUAGAGAAAUAUCUCAAGAAGGAAAAGUCGCACAAGAAUCUCAUUUUUGUUUUGAACAAAGUCGACCUGGUGCCUAUCUGGGUGACGCAAAAGUGGGUGGCCAUUCUGUCAGCGGAACAUCCCACCAUGGCAUUCCAUGCCAGCAUCACCAACUCCUUUGGAAAGGGGGCUCUCAUCAACCUUCUCAGACAGUUCGGGAAGCUUCACAUUGACAAGAAGCAGAUAAGUGUGGGUUUUAUCGGCUAUCCCAAUGUGGGGAAGAGCUCAAUCAUAAACACCCUGAAGGCUAAGAAAGUCUGCAAGGUGGCCCCCAUCGCUGGAGAGACCAAGGUGUGGCAGUACGUGACGUUGAUGAAGAGGAUCUUCCUGGUGGACUGUCCUGGUGUGGUGUACCCGACUGGAGCAACGCAGACCGAGAUCGUACUCAAGGGAGUGGUUCGUGUGGAGAACAUCAGGAAUCCAGAGGACUAUAUUGGCGCCAUAUUGGAGCGUGUUAAGACCGAGUAUAUCAACAAGACAUACAAGAUAGACAGCUGGACGGGGACUGAAGAUUUCAUUGAACAGAUUGCACGAAAGUCAGGACGACUGUUGAAGGGAGCCGAACCAGAUGUCAGCACCAUGGCCAAGAUGAUCCUCAAUGACUGGCAGCGAGGCAAAAUCCCAUACUUCGUCCGGCCUCCAGAGUCAGAGGCUUUCAGCAGAGCUGACACAAAGGACACACCAACACCUACAACAGAGGUCAAGGACACAGGGGUCAAAGACAAAGAGGAGUCAGUGGACACAGAGGUCAAGGGGAAGGUCAGUAGAAAGACUCAGCCGAAGGUGAUGCAGGAUCUGAAGAGGAUCCGUGUGGUGCCGACAUUUGAGGGGGAUGAUGUGCAGGACAUUGAGGAGGAUGGUGGGAGUGGUGUAGAGGAGGAGGAAGGAGAGGGCAGUGCAGGGGAGGACAGUGGAGAGGAGGACAGUGGAGAGGAGGACAGUGGAGAAGAGGACAGUGCAGGGGAGGACAUUGAUGAAGAGAAUGGGGCAGCUGACAAGACCAGUGGAGGACAAAAUCAUUCAGUUGUUGAAUCCUGUAAAUCUUCAAACAAGUCGUCCACUCAUGCUGCCCCAAAAAAUGUGAUCAUGAGAGGGAAGAAGAAACAGAGAUCAUCAGUAGGAGAAUCUGAAAAUGGAAAAUCUGAAUCAGGGAAGUUGAAGAUGAAUCAAGACGAGGAACAGCCAGCAGAGUCGAAAGUCAACAGUGUGGCCAGCGGGAAGUGGACAGUCACAGCCCUUCCAGCACCAACCAGUACUGAGCGCAGGAAACCGGCUCAGACAGGGGAAGGCUGUCUGUACGACAUGAAGGAGAGUUCAGAAGUGGCCUGUAUUGAGGUGGUGGACCCUGGAAAACGGGGACAGAGCGAACAGGCCAAGAAACGGAAACUUCAAGAAGAGUCCCAGCAGCCAUUGAACAGUAAACAGCGCCGGCGCCUGGAACGGCAGGCCAGGAAACAGAAGAUUGGCGUUCACUUCUAUUCUGAGUCCAAUGUAAAGAACCGUAGCUAUCGGUAGAGUUUAGGGACUUCAAAGACCUGAGUCAAUGCUGAGUGUACCAUAUGUAUGUCAAUAAAUUGGUUAUGUUAUCA